GAUUAAUCCAGUCGUCUUCUGCUCUGUUGAACCAGACGAUGCACCUUGUUCAGCGUUUGUUUGGUUGAAACCGUCGGUGCGAACGCUCUUUGCUGCGAAGCUGCUACAGUCUCUCUCUCUCUACAUCCCUAGCUGCUGCUGCUAUCUACUGGAGUUUCUUCAUUCUUCAACCGAUCAUGCUGCUAUUAGAUAAUGUGGAAAUCACUGCUUUUUGGAUUGAUUCAUGGUAUUUCUAAUUCCAUGAUUAAUUCUGGAGCAAGAUUCUUAGUAGUACGCACAUACACAACACAGUAUAUUCGUCCAUUUCAGCCCGCUGUUGAUCGGGAAACUAAUUGCAGUACACGAGCAAUGAAACAAGACACAAGAUUAUGAAUUCUUGAAUAAAGACUUGGACUGACAAUGCUCCCAUCCUACCAUCACUGAGAAGCCAUGUUUCCAACAUGAGUGCAGUCUCAAGUCCUGUGGGAAUAAGGAGGCCAACUAUGCCUAUACAGACAUACACACUGAGAGUGAGAGAUAAAGGAGAGUCAGAGAUCUACAGGAACAUCCGGAGAUUGUCUGCAUAUAUAUAUAUUCAUUCGAAAGCAAGGAGGCAUAUUAGUGUUGUAAUCAUCUCUGCAAAUCUUGGCAUUCAAACAGAUCAAGAAUAGUCUCUGUAUAUGUAAAGGGAUUUUGAAGACAGGGGAAUCUGAGGCCAUCUCUGCUACCUAUACCUACUGAACUCAUGGUGCAGAUUCAUCUAGGACUUGAAGUCCCGGGAUCUGAAAUGUGCUAUCCCUGAAAUAGUAACAAGUCACCAAUCUACAGCAACACAAUUCUCAGGAAAUUCCAAUGGACGAUCGGAUCUCGCCGGCCUCGUCGUCCUCCGCCGCGGCGAGGGGGCGGCGCUACUGCGGCCGCCGGAGGUCGCCGGAGGAGGAAUCCGGCGGCGAUCGGGUGGCGUGCACGGGGAAGUCGUGCCAAUCGUGCACGGCGGGGGUGAUCGCCGACUGCGUGGCUGUGUGCUGCUGCCCCUGCGCGGUGGUCAACAUUCUCGCCCUGGCCUUCGUCAAGCUGCCGUGGGCGGUGGCGCGGCGGUGCAUCGGCGGCCGGAGGAGGAAUAAUAAUGGCAAGAGGAUAAUGGUGGAGGAGGAGAAGGGGAAUCGAGAAUGCCAUUGCCGCCGGCGGGUGGACGCGGCGCAGGAGGAUAGCGCCGUCGCCGGGAAGGGGAGGGAGCUGCAGGUGGCGACGGCGGCGGAGAGCUUUUUCCGGUGCGGCGGAAUGGUGGUGGCGGAGGAGGAGGAGUUAAAUGACGGUUUUGGGGCGGAGGAUGUGUGGUGGGAAUUGCAUGAGGUUGGGCAUUUGGGUUUUGGUAGGGUUUCUUUUACGGGAAUUUCUUUUCAGAGGAAGGGCAAUUAGGGGAAUUCCGUUUUUCUUUUUAUUUUUUAAAUUAUUUUUUAACGGGUAUGAUUUUUAUUUUUGGUUGGGUUGUUUUUUGAGUUCAGAGGGGAUGCGUGUGAAUUGUCAUUUUUACCCUUUGGCUUGUAAUUUAGAACAGUGGUAAACGAGGUUAUAUAUAUUAUU